GCGGCCGUUUCCGGAAGCCGGCUCCCGCCGCCGCCAGACUGGCGCUCGCAGCGGGAGCUGAACGCGACCCGCCCCGCGGCCCGGUCGCUGGGACGGAGAUGGCGCUGCUCUGCUACAACCGCGGCUGCGGCCAGCGCUUCGAUGCCGACAGCAACGCCGACGAUGCUUGCACAUACCACCCUGGUGUACCAGUCUUUCACGAUGCAUUAAAGGGUUGGUCUUGCUGUAGGAGAAGAACAACGGAUUUUUCUGAUUUUUUAAGCAUUGUAGGCUGUACAAAAGGUAGGCAUAAUAGUGAAAAGCCUCCUGAGCCGGUCAAACCUGAAGUCAAGACUACUGAGAAGAAAGAACUAUCUGAAUUGAAACCCAAAUUUCAGGAGCACAUCAUUCAAGCCCCUAAACCAGUAGAAGCAAUAAAGAGGCCAAGCCCAGAUGAACCAAUGACAAGUUUGGAAUUAAAAGUAUCUGCCUCCCUAAAACAAGCCCUGGAUAAACUUAAACUGUCAUCUGGGAAUGAAAAAGACAAAGAAGAAGACAGUGAUGAAAUUAAGAUUGGGACCUCAUGUAAAAAUGGAGGGUGUACAAAGACAUAUCAGGGUCUACAGAGUCUAGAAGAAGUCUGUGUAUAUCAUUCUGGUGUACCUAUUUUCCAUGAAGGGAUGAAAUACUGGAGCUGUUGUAGAAGAAAAACUUCUGAUUUUAAUACUUUCUUAGCCCAAGAGGGCUGUACAAAAGGGAAACAUAUGUGGACGGCAAAAGAUGCUGGGAAAAAAGUUGUUCCAUGUAGACAUGACUGGCAUCAAACUGGGGGUCAAGUCACAAUUUCAGUAUAUGCUAAAAAUUCACUUCCGGAACUUAGUCAAGUAGUAGCAAAUAGCACAUUGUUAAAUGUGCACAUUGUAUUCGAAGGAGAGAAGGAAUUUCAUCAAAAUGUGAAAUUAUGGGGUGUGAUUGAUGUAACGCGAAGUUAUGUAACUAUGACUGCAACAAAGAUUGAGAUCACCAUGAGAAAAGCUGAACCAAUGCAGUGGGCAAGCCUUGAACUGCCUGCAACCAAAACCCAGGAAAAGCAAAAAGAGGAUAAAACAGAAUGAAUUGAGAGGGAAUAAAAAGUUAUUGCCUGUUUUAGAAUUCUUAAUAUGUGGUGAAGUAGUAGCUUGCUGCUGUAAAUCUUUGUUUUGUUGUGAUAGUUGAAUCUGGUAUUUCAGGGUCAACAGUGUAGGUUCUUAAAAGCCAAAGUCAGUUUUAUCUUUUUGUGCCUCCUUUUUUUUUUUUUUUUUUCUUUUUCCUUUUUCUCUUUUUUUGGUUUAACUAAGAUUGAUUAUUCAGUUAGCCUCACUAAUAGAAUUAUAGUUGUGUCCCAUACUUGAAAAAGCUAGAAAAUAGCUUGUAAGUAGAAUAGUUCUUUGUAUAAUAUUGUGUUAAACAGAUGAAUAUAAAGUAACAUCUCUAUUAUUCCAUAAUUAGUAAAGCAAGACGGAAUGUCAAAUUUUUAAUUAGUUUUUUCAUGAGUUUGUGUUCCUAUAAUACUUGAAAUCUUUAAAAGUUAAAGCUCUGCAAUGUUUUUUUUCCACUCGGACGGUUAAUUUCUGUAGGAGGAUUAAAUUGUAAGAUAGUGUAGUAACUAGUUAAAGAGGAAUAUAUGCAUUGAUUAAUAAAUUACAAUUUAUUUGCAACUAAUUGCAAAAAAAUUUAUAUCAGUACCUAUAUUAAUUGCAAGGCAGUAUCACUUAAGAAUACAGGAAAUAAAAAAUACAGAGGUAUUGAUUUAUUUAAAAUACAUCAUUUUAUGAGACUAAGCAAUAAUGUUAAAUAUCUCUGAUUAUUUAUAAGGUCUUGGUAUGGUGUGAUGGUUAAAUUGUAUUUGAAUCAUAGGCCAUACCCUCUUAAUAUUUUUAAUUACAUAUAAAGAGAAACUAAAUAUACAAUAUAUAUCUGGCUUUCCUGAUGGUAAACUAUAUAAAAUUAUAGAAAUACAUUAUGGAAAUACACUAGAAUUUCAGAAAACUAAAUAUUUGAGCGUUGCUUUAUGACAGCUAUUACAUAUUAAAUAAAAAUAGUGUAAUUGUUUUAUUGUUUUGUUUUGUUUUUAGACUUUCAUGAACAGUUUGACAAUUCCAGGUGAUACAAUAUUGAUUAUAUAUUGUACUUUUUAAAUAAGUAUCAGAGAAUUAGAUUGUUUAUGCCUAUUGAACCCAUUAAAGAAUAGAUUACCUUUUGAGGUAGUGCAGAGCUCACAAAGAAAAUGAAAAAUGUUAUGAAGGCAAAAACUCUGGCAGAAUUUUGGGGCAUGAAUUAUGCUUGCAGAAAUUAAAAUGAUUAUUUCCUAAGCCCUUUGAGUGGUUCUUCCCUCGUCCCUGCAACCCCUCUACCCUCGUCCUCUUGAUGAAUAGGAUUUUUAUCACUGAAAAUUUGCUGAAAUACAAUUUUAGUUAAAGAAUUAGUAUAUCUCACUCUAUAAAUAACUAUUAGAUGUAGUUAUGUAAUUGUUAAAUGGCUUAGCUCUGUUACAAAUAAAGAUGUAAAAUACGGCAACUAGGCUUUUAUGAUACUAAAAUACUCUGGCAAGAAAUUUUUGGCAGUAAAAUUGGUACACAAAUAGAGUAUUUAAGUGAAUUGUAUUUAAAUUUUUUAACGGUAGUUUUCAUAACUUAGGACCUGGGUUCAAUAGGACACAUGCAAUCUUCAUUGUUUAGGGGAAAGGUUGCUAUUUUGAUUUGAGGUAAUGAAUUAAUAUACCCUUUUUUUUAUAUGUCCUUUUUGAGGCUAUUUUCCCCUAAACACCACCUUACUCUGUUCUGUGCUAUUGAAAUAUUGUUUAAAGCAAGCGGAUUAUACACCCAAUAGUUACAAAGUUCUGACUUUUGUACUAUUUUUGGAUACAGCAUACACUUUAGUCUGGUUACAUUAGUGACCUUUCUGUUGUUAAUUUCCACGAACCUCUGAAUUUGCUGGCCAGAUAAAAAUUUAAAUGAUACUUGUCUUUUAACUUAUACAUACAUAUAGCAACACAUUUAUAAUUAGGUAAAGUGUUUUACUUUUAUCAGACUUUCAAAAAAUUACAAUUCUUAACUUUUAUUAAGUUGUCCCUCUAGAAAUAUAUUUUUUCUUUCUCAACAUUGCUAGUACAAUAAUUACUAUAGCAAAGCAGUCAAAGCUAUGUUUAUUAUAUACUUGGUAACUAAUUUGAUAGCUAAACUAAUCAGUUUGAUAGCUAAACUAAUCAUGGGGAAAAUUAUUUUUUUUUUUUUGCCUACCACAUUUGUUAGUAGUAUAAAGUAAGGUCCUAAGAAGUUGAGCUUUUAUUUCUUUUCAACCUCUUAUUUUUAAGGAAAUUUAAAUUUACAGAGGAGUUGCAAAAAAAAAAAAAAAGUACAUAAUUUUUUAUAUGUUAAUCUUUCCCUAGUUUUAAAAUCUUACAUAAUCAUAAGUCAUGUUACGUUACUAUUAACUAAAGUAGAAAAUUAAUUUUGACCAUGCUUUUAGAGGAAUACUAUUAAAUGGUAGUUCUUAAGACAUAUUCUAGUUUUUGGUAAUAAUUUAAGCCAGGAAUUUAUAAACCAUUAAAAAUAUAAAUUGAAGUCAGUCUACCAUAGACAAAUGUUUAUAGGUCAAAGGUGUAAUUUCUUGUUCUGAACAUAUACUGGCAAAGGACUGUAAUCUAUUUUAUUAUAAUUUAUAUUUUAUACCAUCAAUUAUAAUUUUUAUCAUGUAUAACUUUUGUUUGGUUUUCUUUAGAUAAGUCUUCAGCAUCUUAAUGGCAAAGAGAACCUUAAAGAAUUCUUACAAAUACAUUAAGUGACUUUGGAUUAUUGCUCUGCCACCCCUUGCUUUAAAAAAAAAAAGUCAGUCAUUCUCCAGUUUGAAAAUGCUUGUCAUGCAUACACCCACAAUAAACUUUUUAAAAAACUCAUG